AUGGCCAUCGAUCAAAAAACUCAGAGAGUCUUCGUGGGCGGCACGAAUCGCAUUUUGCAGCUCGACGGAAACCUCCGCCUGGAGCAGGUGGUGACUACUGGCCCCAAAAACGAUAGUCCUUCGUGCCAUGCCAUCGGAUGUAAUGACCCUAGUAUUCCCCUUUCCCUAAUGGAUAAUUAUAACAAAAUAUUACUUGUUGAACCUGACUCAAGGACUUUAAUAUCGUGUGGAUCCUUGUCCCAAGGAGCUUGCUAUAAGUAUAAAUUAAGCAACAUUAGUGCCGAAUCUCAGUUUAUUCCCAGAAGCAUUGCAGCUAAUGAUGCCAACGCGUCUACUUACGCCUAUAUAGGGCCCAAAAAAUACAACCAUUGGGGUCGCUCAAAUAUCCUUUAUGUAGGAACCACAUUUACGAACAAUGGUGACUUCCGACAUGAUGUACCGGCAAUAGCAAGUCGUGAUCUAGAAACCUUAGAAAUUGCAGAAUUAACUUUUAGUAAACAGUCUCUGUUGAGUAUUGACGUUAAAUAUAGAGAUCAUUUUAUUGUACAGUAUGUAUACGGAUUUAAUGCUAGUGAAUAUGCCUACUUUGUUAUUGUUCAAAAGCAGUCUCACCUACCCGGUCUAGAAGAACAGGGUUAUGUUUCACGGCUUUCAAGAACUUGUAUAAAUGAUCCUAAUUAUGACAGUUACACAGAAGUUACUUUACUAUGUGUUGACCAAGAUACGAAAUAUAAUCUAGUGCAAGAUGCGAAAAUCACCUUUGCUAAGGAAGAAUUAGCUUCAGCAUUGGGGAUAACAGUUGGAUCCCCAGUAUUGGUAGCUGUUUUUAGACCUUCUGUAGGAAUAACAAAUGAACCGCAACACCACUCUGCCCUAUGUCUUUAUCCAUUGCGAGAUAUCGAAGGAAAAUUUAUUGAAAAUAUUCACAUGUGUUUUAAUGGCAGCGUUAAAGAUCGAAAUAUGGGUUAUGUUUCUGGCCCUAUCUUAGAUGGCAAAUGUCCAAGCAGUGGCUCUGCGGGAAAUAUUCCUAAUUUUUGUGAAGUUGGACUGAAAAUUAGCGGAUUCACACCUUUGGUAGCUACAGCUUCGCUUGUAUUUCCGAAUAUCUCCCUAUCUGCAGUUACCACUGGGUCUACAGGAAAACAUGUUUUGGCAUUUCUCGGUACAACUGAUGGACGGAUUAAAAAAGUGCUUUUAUCUGGACCAGAACCUCCCGAAUAUGAGGAGAAAAAUCCACAGGUAAAAAUGGAAACGUUUUACAACGGAUGGAAACAUUUGAAAGUAAAUGAAUGUACUAUAUUAAAAAUGUAUCAAAACACCGAUAAAAUCGAAAUUCUAAGGUAUUUAGAAGGAUCAUGUAUCGAUUAG